AAAUAAAAAAAAAAGAAAUCCUCAACCAGAAAUUAAAAAAAAUGAUAUUUUCGGUCGAAAAAUAGAAUCUAAUUUAUCAGAAAACGUAAAAGAUAGCAGAAGAUCUUUAAAUUUAAGUAAUAAAUAAAAUAAAUGAAUUUUUUAAUAUAAAAAAGAAAAAUUUCCUUUACCAAUCCAAAUAUUUGAAAAAAAGCCUUAAAAAACAUAACCAAAAUAAAAUAAAUAAAUCAGAUCAGCAUUUUUUUUGCGAAAAUCAUUAAAUUUAUCUGAUAAAGGGGCUCAAAAUUUGCCUGUAAAAAAAAAAUCUUAAAAUUUAAAAUAACUUACAAAUCGAAGUGAAAUAAAAAUUCUAAAAAAAAACCUUUAUAAAUAUCCAAAAGUAAAACUAUCAAUUGUGCCCAAAAUAAAUAAAAUUUGUCAUAAUUCUUAAAAUAAAUACAACAAGAUGAAUAUUAAUUGAAAAAAAUUACAGAAAGUAACACAAAUACUUAAAAAAACAAAGUAAUUCUUAAAAAUAAAAAUGCGAUUUUUCACAAAAUUCACAAAUAAGUAGUUAAAAAGAAGAAAUUGUUUAAAAAAUAGUCGAAGAAAACUUAAAAAAGCAAAAUAAUAAAUUGUACGCAAAAAAUUAGAAAAAAACAAGAAGAAUAAAAUAAAAUCAAUAAGUUAAUAAAACUACAAAAUAUAAAUAAAAAAUACAGACUUUUAAACUCAUCAAGGUUUCCCAAAAAAAAAAUAACAAAAACGAACUUAAUAGAAGACUACCAUGGGGUUCUAAUUAAGAAAGACUUAAAAAUUAUGCUAUUUCGGUUAUUGAAAAAAUAUAUAAAUAAGCAUAAAGUAGUGCUAUAUAAGAAGAAAGAUAAAUUAGUGAUUAAGAAAGAAGACUUUAAAUUGGUCUAAAAGUUACAGAUAAGGAUACUAUAGAAAAAUU